AAAAGAUUGAAGUACAGCACUUUAAAAGGGGACAAAUGAAAAUAUAGUUUAGCUUAUUAAGGAUAAAAAAGUUCUUCAUCAACAAACUUUAUCAACAGCCUUAAACAUAAAACCUUGCAAGUGUUUUGUGUCAAGAAGCUUUUCAGCCUAUACUUAAAAUAGUUUAGCAUGUUGAUACUUCUUUCACAAGUUACUUGCGUAAGUGCAAAAAGCCAGGCUUAUCAUUACAAAAUAAAGUCAAUGGCAUUGUGAAUAUUCCUUCGUUAACUUUAUCGUUUUGGGAUUCAUCAUGGCUCUUGAAUCAGUUGAACCAAACUGACGAGAAAGUCAGUCAAGUCCUAAAGUUCUUUUAUGAAAGACAGCAAGGAAUAAAACUUCUGUGUCAAUCUUCAAGGGAAUUGAGAAGUUUCAAUGGCAGCCGACGCUAAAUAUCUUCUUAGUUUAGUAACGCAUGAGGCGGAGGUGAGUUACAGAGGCGAGGCGGACCUGCAUGAACAUCUUAUCUGCUGCAGGAAGAACCCUGACCAUACCACAUUCUUUCCUGUUGAUGACUUCACCAUCCAGCACUUACCCGAGCGUUACCGAGAUCCUGAUCUUUUCGACCUUGUCAAGGUCACUUCUGACAUUACCGUUAGAGUCGCGGUAGACUACACCGACGAAUCCCGGCCUGAGUUUUACCCGGGGACAAACGUCCCCUAUCCAUUUUUCGAGACUAUCGGCAAGAAACUAUUGAGAACCGGAACUGGGCGUGUCUGGGAUGUCAGAAAGUUGACCAAUGAGGACGAGGUUUGCUGUCCUUGCAAGGCGUGUCAAAGUUCAGAAACGCCCACAAAAACUUGGGGCCAGAUCAAUGUCAUUACGGCUACGCACGUGGUGUUUAGCGUGUCCGAAGCCAAAAGAUCGACUUGCAGGCUGGGCUUCAACAGCAAAGGCUGCGAGUAUGUGGAGGUGGAAGGAGUUGGAAAAGACGGAUCAGACAUUUUCGCAGAUAGGUACUUGCUGACCUGUGUGACGCACGACGUAGAGCUCGUUGAUAGGCUGAGAAAAUCUGUAGAUCUCUACAAUGACUUGUGCUUCAAAGUCUUCAAGAAAUACUACAACACUAAAGACGAGGACCGACUCACCAUCAUUGUGUCUCACCCACACGGGUGCUCCAAGCAGAUCUCCCUGGGCGAGUGGACCGCGAAGUACGAGGUCAGCCGCGGAACCACUAAGUAUUCCUACACGGCCUGCACUUGCCCCGGCAGCAGCGGGGCGCCGGUCUACACCUUGGGGCGGUCUGGAUGGCGUUGGAUGUAUUCACAUGUUCACAGCGGGGCUGCAAGUGAUGUCAAUUUUAGCGGCCUCGGUUGGGAGAGCUAAUUAGCAUGCAAAUAAAUUUGUAUCAUUAUAAUGCAGACAAUGGAAGAUGAAGUUGCUUACAUAUGCUGGUUCUGUGCCCGAGAAGUUACUUAAAUCGUCUUGAAUACACUGCUCUCACUUUGUGAUUAACGUCGACAUCAUUGAUUUUGAU